AUGGCGGCGAUGCAGCCGAAGCGCGUUGAGCGGGACGUCGAAAGGAAUGGCUUCGCCAUGCUCGACGGACCGCCGCCCCAGGCGCGAGCGACGAGCAGCCAGAUCGGUGGCGACCUUCGACGAGAGGCGGGCUGCGCCGAGGCCCGCGCCAUCCUCGGAAUCAGCAGCUCAAAGACAGGCAAGCAGGCUCGAGAUCCCCUCGUAGAGCUCGUUCCCGCCGUCAUCGAAAUCUUCCCAGACAUGGACCACGCCCACGCCCUCACAAAGCUUCGCCAACUCUUCCUCGAACACGAGUGCCCCCUCGACGACCUUGUCGAGAGGAUCUGCGCCGAGAUUCUCGAACAGGGUGCCGACUAUCCUCGCAUCGAGGCCAAGGGCAAGCGCAAGGCUUCGAGCGAGACGCCGACUGUUGGGACCUCCGCCAGCACCGCCCCGAACUCCGCACAUGCGCCACCGCCGCCGCCAAAGGCCAAUCACUACAGGACCGAGGGACGACCCAAGACCGGCCGCAUUUAUCGCGAUGAGGCGGCGCGAUUGCUGCGUGCCGAGUUCCCCCAGUAUCCGCCGGUCGAUUGCAGGCGCUUGAUCGAAGAAUCUCGCGGCUACUUUGCGCCGGCGCGCAAGCAGCUGCUCAUCAUGUCGCUCGAGGCACAGGCCGAGGUGCAUUCUGCUGACCCUCCCCGGCCGGCUAAAAAGCUCAAGAGGAAGGAAAGUGCCGACUCGAUCCUCCUGCAGAGACGGGCCACGGCGCUGGUGCUCGAGCAGCUCGACAGCAUGCGCGCAUUCAUCAAAGCACCUGCGGCAUUGAAGGAGGAGGUGCUCUGGGUCUACAGCGAGGAGGGAGAAGCCGUCUUGGCGAGCGAGAUGCCGCUGCCGUCGGCGGGCAUCGAGUGCGGGUGCUGCUUUGACGACGACAUCCCAUUUGAGCACUUCGUCCAGUGCCGGGACGGCCAUCUCUUCUGCAAAUCGUGCGCGCAGCAUUACGCCGAGGAGCGCAUCGGUAUGCGCAUCAUCGACCUGCCAUGCAUCGAUGGAGGCGGAUGCGAGGCCGGCUUCGCCGAGAGCGAGAUCCAACGUUUCCUGCCGGCAAAGACGUACCAGCUGCUAGAGCGGCUACGGCAAGAGGUGUCGCUGCAGCGAGCCGGGAUCGCAGGGCUGGAAGAGUGCCCCUACUGCCCGUAUGCAUGCGUCAUGGACAACACGGACGACAAGGUGUUCCGAUGCCUCAACGAAGACUGCGAACGGACGAGCUGCCGCCUCUGCAAGACGGAAGAUCACAUCCCGAUGUCGUGCGAAGAGGCCAAAGCACAGAAGACGAGGCACCACGCGGAGAGCGCCUUGAGCGAGGCAGUGAUCCGGAAAUGCCCGACGCCCAGUUGCGGCGUGGCCUUGAUGAAGUUCGAGGGCUGCAACAAGAUCUAUUGCACACAGUGCAGGCACUUUAUGUGCUACGUGUGCAAGCAGCACAUUCCCGUCGAGGUUGGCUACAAGCAUUUCAACCAGAUGUCGGGCCAAAGGGGAUCAAAGGAAAAGUCAAACAAGUGCCCGCUUUGGGACGACGGUGUCAACCGCCACGAACGCGAGCUGGCCGGCGUGCGCGAGCAGCUGGGCGCCGACGCUCCUCCGACGUAG